AUGGGAGGCUGGGUGACCGGAGGAUGGAUCUGUCUAGGUUCUAGGUGUUGUGGGUAUCAAGAGAUCCAUGUUGGCCAGAGACUGAUGGGUACUGCGAUUAUAAAGCUUGGUACUUUCAAAGCUGAGAUUCAGUCAGAGCCGGUGUUGGCUAUGGGUAUGGUGGUGGCGAUAACUGAAAAAGUUAGAGGUGUCCAAUACACUGAGCUUCAUGUGAGCUUUGCGCCUUUCUCUUCUCUUUUCAAGCUUUGA